UUUAAAAUUUAAAUACCACUGGGGGCAUUUAACUCAUAUGUGUUUAUAUUUUUGUACGAUUUCCCAUUCAUACCCUUUUUAGUGUUAAUUAUGUUUAUUUGAAAUAGUUAUAAUUUUAACAUAAUUUUAUCAGUUGUAAAUAUCAAAUUUACAGAAUCCAAAGGUCAGUGUCAAAGUACCUUUGAGAUCUCAGUUAUAAGUAAAUUGAAACUGCAACCACAGUAAACAACACCCAAAAAUGGCAACAAAGUUGUUCAAGUCUGUGAUAUUAGGUGCUCCUGCCUCAGGAAAAGGAACUAUAUCUGCUAGAAUUGUGAAUACAUUUAAUUUAGAACAUAUAUCCAGUGGCGACAAGCUUAGACAACACAUACAGAAGAACACACCUAUUGGAACUGAAGCUCAAAAGUAUAUAAAACAAGGAAAGUUAGUUCCAGAUGAGCUAAUGAUAAAAUUUAUUACAGAAGAAAUAAGUAAGGUGCGCCCUGUCUGGUUACUUGACGGAUUUCCAAGAACUGUUGCACAAGCCCAAGCUCUUUGGAACAUACAUAAUUUAGAUGUAGCUCUAAAUUUAGUUGUACCAUUUCCUGUAAUUAUAGACAGAGUGAAAGGAAGGUGGGUACAUUUACCCAGUGGUAGAGUUUAUAAUGAAGGAUUUAAUUCGCCUAAAGUACCUGGAAAAGACGACUUAACUGGUGAACCUUUAAUUCAAAGAGAAGAUGACAAGCCAGAAGUAGUCCAAAAGAGAUUAGAGCAGUAUGAAAAAUUAACAAGACCCGUUAUUGAGUUUUACAGAGAAAAAGGAAUAUUGCACGAAUUUGCUGGAAAUACAUCUGAUGAGAUUUGGCCUAAGGUUUUGGACUGUUUAGCAACAUAUGUUCCGCUUCAUAUUACCACCCAAAGGCAAACCAAAUCUAUUUAAAAGCGCAUUUACUUUACAAAAAAAAUAUAUAUAUUUUUAUAUUGAUGAAAUUAUAUUUUUUUAAAUAUAUUUUAUUCUUGUAAACGAA